AUGGCCCAAAAGCUGCGGUUCAAUGGAACAACGGCCACAGGCGUGGAUGUUGUCGCCAAGGAUUUACCAUUCACUCUGACUGCGAAGAAAGAGGUGAUAGUUUCUUGCGGAGCGUUCCAGAGUCCUCAGGUUAGUAUUGCAGAAGACCUUCUCCGGCGAAUGUGCUGACCUUAUUUUCCCUAGCUCCUGAUGGUAUCCGGGAUUGGCCCUUCUGAUGUCCUGAAGAAUUUUUCGAUUCCAGUGAUAGCGGACAAAGCGGGCGUUGGCCAGGACAUGUGGGAUAAUCCGAUCUUUGGUGUAAGGACCCCUUCCAGAUCUCUCAUCCUAUCGUGAUGAAAGUUGACAGAAGCAUAGAUCACCUACGCCGUCGACGUCGAAACCUCCAGCGCGUACACAAACAGCCCAGCAAGAAUGGCCCGGGCCGUUCAACAAUACAAUUCCAACAGAACAGGCUAUCUCUUAUCAGUACGUUCCCUUCCGAAGUCUCCAGGACAUAAAUGCUAAUACUUCCCCGAACAUGCAGUCCGGCACAGAGACAAUAAGUUUCGAAGCCCUUCGAGACAUCCCACACCUCAACCUCAGCGCCUCCGCAAAACAAAGCCUUUGCCAAUUCCCAUCCGACUGGCCAGACGUCGAAUUCGUCUCCUUGGCCACAUGGUACGGUCCUUACAUGGGUUCUACGCCUCCGACAAUGAACAACUACGAGAGUCUCGCAGCUGGUCUCAUCGCACCACUAAGUCGUGGGUCCGUUUCCAUCAAAUCCGCAAACAUGUCCGAUUCACCUAUCAUUAACCCCGGGUGGCUUACACAUUCCACGGACCAGGAACUCGCUAUAGCAGCCGUCCGGAGAGCAAGGGAGUAUGCCGCUACACCCGCUUUCCGGUCCAUCACGAUUGGAGAAGAGGCUUUCCCGGGCAAGAAUGUGACGACCGAUGCGCAGAUUUUGACCGUGCUGAGGGAGCAGACGAGUACCUUCUACCAUGCCUCUGCGACUUGUAAGAUGGGUAGGAGUAGUGACAGCAUGGCGGUUGUGGAUAGUAAAGGAAGGGUAUUUGGGGUCAACAAAUUGCGUGUUGUGGAUAUUUUUGCGAUGCCCUUCUUGCCACCGGGUCAACCGCAGGCUACCGUGUGAGUACCGUCGUCCGAAGUGUUGCCGUUGUACUGACAAACGACAGAUACAUGCUGGCCGAGAAGAUUGCAGAUGAGAUUUUGAUAGAGGCUUCCAGGAAUGCCACGAGUGGGAAUGCGACCUAUGCGCUGGUUUAG